GAUAUGACCAGCUACAUCCGCGCCGUUUCUCUAGCCAUCGCGUUCUACGAUUACUUCAUCACCCUCCCAGCCGAGUACCGGUUUUACGCCAGCCAGCGAAGUUGGCGACUAUCCCCCGGCUGCAUCCUUUUCAUUGCUAUCCGCUACUCCAGCAUCGCCGUUCUCCUGUUCAGUAGCGUCGGCUACUAUUCCACUUCGUUUAGCACCGCACUAUGCAACCGCUACUUCAUCGCCGCUCCCGUCUUCAAGGUGCUCCAAACGAUGAUUUCUCAAGUCGUUCUCGGCGUCCGGACGAUGAACCUCUCUCGGCGUGCGACAUGGGUUACGCGGACAAUCUCGAUCACGUUUAUGGUGUGUACGAUGGCCGAAUGGUUCCUCAACCUCUGGAACCGAGUUCGUAAGUGCAUGCCAUAUGCGCUCAGAGCGACCCCUUACAUUUCCCAUUGUUGGCAGCUCUGCACCGCAGGUAAUGCACCCCCGGUGCUAACGGCGUGGUUGUAUUAUAUGUUUGCUAUGACGUACGACGUUGUCACCCUCGUCAUUUCGACUGCAUACUUGAUCAACUUAGGUUCCAACUCUGGAAAAAUGGCACAACUCGUCAGAAUUAUGCUCACCGAUGGGCUGAUUUACUUUGUCACCCUCACUGGUGCCAACAUCUUGAAUCUCAUUCUUUACAGAAGUUCCAUUGAGUCAGUUCAGUCGUCAGGGGUUUCCAUCGGCUAUACCGUGACCUGGAUUAUGAGCCAGCGAAUCCUCAUCCACCUUCAAGAUGCCACAACAGUCCACAAUCGCGCCAUUGCCACCCAGGUUGUCGUCUCACGGAGCCUGCAUUCUAUCCCCCGCGCCGUCCCGAACCAGUUCGAAAGCGAA